CCUGGUGGAUGAAAAUUGAAAAUGACAACAAUCUCUCGGAAUUCGGAUCUUGUUCGGAACCACACCAUAAACUCCAUAAAGCAUAAACCACAUUUUGCAACUUUAGACUGCGCUGUGCCGGUCUGUGUCUGUAAGAAUUUGUCAGUUGUGACAGUUGUGUUAUAGACGUGGGACUCGUGGGACUGCAGUGCAAGAAGUAUUGCCUCUUGGUAACGCCAGUUGGACGACAAAAAACGUAAAAAAGGAGCAUCCUUGGCCGCUUGUGGCUAUACCCAGACGAUUUUUGACAUUUUGACAACGUCGUGACGUGAAAUUUUGAAAAUGGCUGAAUUAGUGAUUGGAGAAUCUGAUAUCGAGGCCAUUCGAAUCUGCCCUUACGAUAGCAAUCACAAAAUCAAACUGAAGAGCAUGGAAACUCAUCUCGUCAAGUGUCGUGAGCGGCACAGACCCAGGAAUUAUUCAAAAUGCCCUUUCAAUGCAACCCAUUUCAAAUUUGAAGAGGAAAUGCCUUUGCACAUGGAAAUCUGUCCUGACAGAUUAAAUGGCCAACUGCGUGACAUUGACAGUUACGUUCAGGAAACUCGUAACUCAUGUGCCAUGCUUGGAUUUGAAAAAAGGGAUGUGCUUGGCAAAGAAGACUGGGAUGAAAUUGAAACACCAGUCACAUAUGAUCCAGCAAACAAGCUCUUUCAAGUUCGAUUCUACCCAAAAAAUUUUGGAAAGAAGAAAGAGACCCUUUAUCAUCCCCAUGCUGAGAUCAUCACCAGUGCAGCCAAGUCUCAGGGUGGAAGUGACCGGUACUCGCCUGCCAGCUUUUCUGGAUACAAAUAUUCCACCAAUGAAUAUGAAAGAGAUGAUUAUGAUGAGGCAUUUGCUCAGGAGCAGCAAAGCAUCACACAUGUGAAGACUUGGCUUGCUAGUACUGACGGAAGAGGUGGAGGAGGCAGUGAUUGUGGUGCAAGCACCCCUGAGGAUGUCAAAUUGCACAACAUAUACCAUCCCACUACAUACAAAACUACUGAUCCAUCCCACCCCUAUAUGGAGAACAAAUACACUCCUCAUUAUUCUUUUGAAAAACACGGGGGUGAUGAGCAAAGUCCAAAAUAUUCUUGGCGCCAAUCUGAUCGCGAAGCAGCAACCAGCUCCUCUGAAAUGGAAAGGAAACAUUUUGCUCAAUCAUCUUCUGGUUUUGUCCAGUACAGUGCCUGUAAAUCCAACUCUAUGGAUGGUGGAGAGUUUGAUUGCUUCUCUCACCAUUACAUGCCUCGUGGAAGUGAUGCUGAGCAAGUUACAAGCAGUGGAGAGAUUGAUUCCUUCUCUCAUCAUUCCAUGCCUCGUGGAAGUGUUGCUGAGCAAGUUACAAGUAGUGGAGAGUUUGAUUCCUUCUCUCAUCAUUCCAUGCCUCGUGGAAGUGUUGCUGAGCAAGUUACAAGCAGUGGAGAGUUUGAUUGCUUCUCUCAUCAUUCCAUGCCUCGUGGAAGUGUUGCUGAGCAAGUUACAAGUAGUGGACAGUUUGAUUCCUUCUCUCACCAUUCCCUGUCUCAUGGAAGUGUUGCUGAGCGAGGAACAAGCAGAUCUGGCGCUGUUGAGAAUAGAUUCACUGCAGUGGAAAAUGUAGAGUUGGAAGAGUGUGACCUGGAGUUUGCUCAAAUGAACCAGCUGGGCAUCAACAAGAGAAGUAUUUAGAAGGUUUGAUAAUUCCCAGCAACUAUCUCUUUCUCUAAAUGCCUUGUAAAUUAACUUGGGGGACAAGUUUCAAUUUUUUUUUAAAGUAAAAAAUUUUCAUCACUCGUUUUCAAGCAGGAUAAUUAAAAAAUAUUUAAAUCUGUUGAAUAUUUGAAAGUGAUGUAGUGAAUAUGAUAAUGUAUUGUAUGAAGAGUGUUACACAAUAUUGAAUAGAUUUGAUAGAUUCAA